AUUUUCGUUUGACGACAAGUUGAACGUAAAACAUUUGUGAUUUUAUUUUUUCAACGUUGUAUUUGGUGUGUUGUCUGUAAGUUUUAAUUCCACAAACAACUGAAAACAAUCUAUAAUUACUAGAUUUUACCGGUGGAAAAUCACAAUAGAUCGAUCCCUUUGAAAUUCAGAGAUGGCAGAUUACCAGGGCGGCAAGAAAUUCCGCCAGCUUAAAGAAGAACAGGAGAAAAAAUUGGACGAAAUAAACAGGAAUUACUUAGACGACCCUGAUUACGGAGACAGUGAAGAUUAUCCAGACUUAACCAGUUCUCUGGAGACUUACAAACAGCAGUUCAUUGAGUUCGAUCUGGACAGUUCGGGUGACAUUGACUUGAUGGAGCUGAAAAUGAUGAUGGAAAACAUGGGACAAGCCAAGACCCACUUAGAACUGAAGAAAAUGAUAGCCGAAGUGGAUCGGGAGAAUCGGGGGUCAAUAUCCUACAACGACUUUCUCUUCAUGAUGCUGGGCAAAAAGAGCUCAGUGCUUAAACUAAUUCUCAAGUUCGAACAGAAAGCAAAUGAGGAGCAACAGCCAAGCGGCGUUGCCCCUAAAAGAGACAUAAGUAGCUUACCCUAAAUCAAACGAAGGUUUAUUAGUUCAAUUUCAACUAACCGUCACCAUAAAAAGCUGUAUAUAGUGUAAUAUUUUGGUAUUAUUUGCAAGUGAAAUUUACAAGACA